GUCUUCGCCCCGCGGCCAGAGCUUCUUCCCUCAAUCGGCCGAGGAGAUUGGAGUUCGGCGGGAAGCUGACGAUUACGCAGUGGACGAGGUUUCCGAUUUACGAGACGGCGGAUUUCGGGUGGGGACAGCCGGUUUACGCUGGCCGAUCGAUCUGACGCCGACGCCGCAGGUGUGUGUUCUGUUGCCGGAGGGGGAGGCGUAGCCCAGCGGGAGGACGGUGGUUUGCAUAUGCUUGCCGGAGUUCGCUACCGGUAAGUUCACGGAGUUGUUGUGCUCCGGUGUCCGUGAUCGGCCGUCGUCGGUUGGUGGUGAGGGCAGUAGGUGUUUGACGAAAUGCCUGAACUGUUAAUAUCCACAAGAGAAUUUACCGUUACUCUUUUAAUUUCGCUUUGGUCUAUUUUUGAGAUAAUUAUUUGGUAUGAAUAAUUUGGAGGAAGAAAAAAAAGCGUAAAACGACGUCGUCUAGGAUUCGAGAAACCGGAAAAAAGAGGGAAAAUUGGAAUUGGAAGGAAAUAAAGAAACUAAAACCUAAUCCACUAGAUCCCAAAUCAAUCAUUUCUUCUUUCAGUUCCUCUCGCCGGCGUCGACGGCGAAAGAGGGAGGAGGGGGCUCAACGAACCGUCGCCACCCACUCCGAGGAAGAAUUGCCAUGGAUAUGGCGCUGGACGCAGCUUGUGGUCUUCGGUACCUCUCCUCUUACAACAAUCCAACCAUACCCCCACAUCCAAUUUCUUCAAUCGCAUCCAUGGGAGGAAUGAUGAUGAUGAUAAGUAUGAGAAGUCGCCGUUCCUCCCGGCGUCGUCGGCGGCAGACGGUAGCCGCUACCCCACUGGAGCAGCCCGGCGGAAAGAUGGUGGUGGAGCUAGUUGGUGCUUUCAAUUCUCUCACCCAGAGGAUGAAUGUGCUGUCCACCAGCUCGUCCCGAUUGCUCUUCAACGCAUUGAAGCUCUCCGUCCCCAUUUUGCAGAACUUGGGGAUCGCUCCUGAUGGCAGACCUCUUCUCGCCAAGGCCCUCUCCGUCGCUCUCCUGCUUGCCGAUCUUCAGAUGGAUGCAGAAGUUCUUUCUGCAAGCAUAUUGUGGCAUGUCCUUGAAGCAGGUGCGAUGUCCUUACACGAGGCGAGAGAUCGUGUUGGCACUGCUACUGCCCAUCUCCUGUAUGAGACCUUGCGCCUCAAGAGGCUUCCCUCAAGAUUGGAGGUGCUUGAUGACGAUGCUGCUUCUACUCUACGAAGGUUCUGCCUGACUUACUACGACAUCAGGGCUAUUGUUCUCGACGUGGCUCACAAACUCGAUACGAUGAGGAAUUUGGAUUACCUGCCACGCCAUCAGCAGCAGAUGCUGUCUCUUCAAGUGAUGAGGAUACAUGCUCCUUUAGCUCAUGCUGUCGGAACCCUCUCGAUCUCGCUGGAGCUAGAGGAUCUCUCGUUUCGGUAUCUCUUUCCUUGUUCAUAUCUCUAUCUAGAUUCCUGGCUGUGCAGCCACGAGAGUGGAAGUCGGUCUCUCAUAGAUGUGUAUGCCCUGCAUCUGCAUCAGUGCCUGAGAGAUGAUCCCAUCUUGGUUGACAUGGUAGAAGAUGUCACUGUGAAAGGCCGCUACAAAAGCCGGUAUAGCACAAUGAAGAAGCUGCUCAAGGAUGGUCGAAAGCCUGAUCAAGUAAAUGACAUUCUGGGUUUAAGAGUUGUUUUGCAUACUAGGUCGGGAGAAGCGGACAUAGGUGAGGAGGCAUGCUAUAGAGCACAAGAAGUAAUUCGUUCCGUGUGGAAGGAAAUACCAGGUCGAACGAAAGACUACAUUGCCAUGCCCAAAGCGAAUGGGUAUAGGAGCUUGCACAUGGCUGUUGAUGUGAGUGAAAACAACGAGGCGAGACCGUUAAUGGAAGUACAAGUACGGACUGCAGAUAUGGACAAGAUCGCAGCUGGUGGAGCAGCCUCACAUUCCCUAUAUAAGGCUGGUCUAACUGAUCCAGAUGAGGCAAAGCGGCUCAAGGCAAUAAUGAUGGCUGCAGCUGAACUGGCAGCCAUACGUCUCAAGGAUCUCCCAUCUACUAAUCAAGGCAUCGAGAUUGGAGAGAGAGACAGAGUGUUUGGGCUGCUGGACAAGAACGGAGAUGGUCGAAUUAGCAUCGAGGAACUGAUGGAAGUGAUGGAAGAACUUGGUGCCCCUGGGGAGGAUGCAGAGGAGAUGAUGCAACUCCUCGAUUCCAACAGCGAUGGCUCUCUGAGCUCUGAUGAAUUCGAUUCGUUCCAGAAGCAGGUUGAACUCAUACGUGAUCUGGAGAAGAAAGACGAUAGCUACCGAAGCAAGUUGGAGCAGAAACUUGAGUUUGAGGUUACAGAAGACAACAGCUUGAUCCAGGUAUACCGUAAAGAGCUGGGCGAUAGAUUAUUAGCAAGCUAAAAAGGAGUUGUUAACUGUAAAGUAUGUUGCAAGAAAAUUGUUGUAUAGUAGCAGUGGCUUCCCAUCUCUUUUACCCUGGGAGGUUAUCAAUUGCCUAUUUGCCUUUGCCAUUAGAGGGAAAGGCAGGGAGAGAGGAAAUGGUAGUUGGGAGUUGGCAUUUCCAUUUGAGCAGCCAAGGAGCAGCAGGAGCCAUGGAAGGGACUCAAUGAUGUAGCAGAGAUACUAACAGGGAAUGGGAGGCCAGCCUAUUUAAGUGUAUAAUGAAUGAUACUAAGGCUCUGUAAUACAUACUCGUAGCCACUUCAUGUGGUAAUGUAAAUACUAAAAUAGAGUAAUGAGUUUGUACGCAGAAAUCUUGGACUAUUAUGAAAAGUGGUAUCUAAUCGUGG